GGUGAUGGAGCUGUGCGCGGGGGUGGUCAUGGAGCGCCUGCUGCCGCCGGGCUCCUCCCUCGGCGGGCCCGGGCGGCACGCCGUGCUCCGGGCGCUGCUGGACGCCGCGGUGUACCUCCACGGCCAGCUGGUGGCGCACAGGGACCUCCACGCGCGCAACGUCCUGAUCGACAGCCACGCGCGGGAGGGCGGGGCACGCGAGGGCGUCGGGGCGGUCAAGGUCGUGGACUUCGGCUGCGCCCUGCGGCCCGAAGGCAAGGGCGCGGGCCAGGGCCCGAUCUUCGAGGACGAUCUCAACAGCAGCAUCCUGCCCCCCGAGUUCGGUUCCGACGACAGCUGCCCGUUCGCCUGCGACGUGUUCGCGGUGGGCCUCCUCGCAGCGGGGCUGAAGGUCGGCCAGCCUCUGGGCACCGCGGACGUGCUCCGCCGCGGGGCCGUGUCCGUGCCCCCGGGCUUCCUGGCCCUCGGCGCGGCGGGCGCGGCGCACAUGGGGUCGAUGCUGUGCCCGCGCCCAGCGGGCCGGCCGCCCGCGAGGGCCUGCCUGGACGCCCUGCCGCCGGUGGAGGGCUGGCUGGCCUGAGGUCCGAGGCUAGGGGAUGUACCUUGGAUGAUCGGGCCGGACGAAAGAGGGGGAUGGGGAAAGGUUCGCUCGCUCGGCCGUGCAUCCGGUGGGAC